AUGGCUUCACAAUAUACUAAAUUACAAUCAAUUGAGGUUGAGGAUAAUUUAUUAUUACCCUAUCAAGUUUCAAAUCCGACACAAAAGAAAUCACAAAAUAAAUUUGCAUCUUAUUUUUAUAGAGUAAAAGGAUACAUAAUAAAGAAAUGGAAAAUUUUAUUAUUAUUAAUGUUUGUAUUAUUAUUAAUUGCUGGUGUUAUUUUAAUUCCAGUUUUAGUUUUAAGAUAUAAAACAUCAACAAUAUCGGAUCAAUGUGAUGAAUAUGGUAAAGAGAUUAUUAAUAAUGCAGUACAAAAAGGUACAGAAGCAUAUAGUAGAUUAUCAACAUUGGUAACAUUAUUUCCAGGUAGAUUAUCAGGUAGUGAACAAUUAGAGAAUGCAAUCGAUUGGAUACAAGAUAUGAUGUUAGAUGAUGGAUUUGAUUUAGUUAAAACCGAUGAUGUUGAAGUUACACAUUGGGUUAGAGGUGAUGAAAGUGCAACUAUUUUACAACCAUACCAUAGAAAAAUGAAUAUGUUGGGAUUGGGUGGAUCAAUUGCAGGUAAUGUUACGGCAGAGGUUAUUGUAGUAUCAAGUUUUGAUGAAUUGGAUACACUUCAAGAUCAAGUUAAAGGUAAAAUAGUAUUAUUCAAUGCAAUUUUCACCAACUAUUCAUCCACUGUUCAAUAUAGAAGUGGUGGUGCAUCUGCAGCCGCAAAAUAUGGUGGUGUUGCAGCAUUGGUUAGAUCUAUUACACCCUACAGUUUAGGUACACCACAUACUGGUGUAAUGUUUUAUCAGGAUGGUAUCGACAAAAUUCCAACUGCUGCCAUUACAUUGGAAGAUGCAGAUUUAAUUCAAAAUUUAGCAAUAUUGAAUCAAACAGUGAUUGUAAAUUUAUAUAUGGAAGCACAAACUAUGCCAACUAAUGCAAUCAGUAGAAAUGUUAUGGCACAAAUUAAUGGCUCCACUUAUCCUGAUGAAGUGGUUGUAAUUGGUGGUCAUACAGAUUCUUGGGACGUUGCACAGGGUGCAAUGGAUGAUGGUGGUGGUAUAGUUGUCGCAUGGGAAGCAUUAAGAUUAAUAAAAUCAUUGGGUAUCAUACCAAAGAGAACUAUUAGAGUAGUGGGUUGGACAAAUGAAGAAAAUGGUGCCGCUGGUGGUGCUGCUUAUGCUCAACUCUAUACCAAUGAAACUUUCUUCUCUAUUGAAUCUGAUAUUGGUGUAACUCAACCAUUAGGUUUCAAUGUUAUGGCAUCAGAACAAACUAUCACUGAUUUACAAUUGAUCGCUGAUAAAGUUUUAUCACCAAUUAAAACAACUUCAAUCGUAGAAGGUGAAGUUGGUACUGAUAAUGGUUUCUUGGUUUCAAAUGGUAAACCUGGUGCUCAAUUAAUCACUGAUGAAUCAAAAUAUUUUUGGUAUCAUCAUACAGCUGGUGAUGCUAUGGAUAAAAUGGACCCUUCUCAAAUGAAUCAAUGUGUUGCUGCAAUGGCAACAAUGGCAUUAUGUAUUUCAAAUUGGGUUGGUCAAUUAAAUUAA